CUGUUACAAAGAGCGGUUUACUUUCCGCUGUAUAGGGUAGCUUUCAAAUAACAUUUGUUUUUAAAUUGCCAUCUAUUACUUCGUUAAACGGAACGUAGUAAUCUGUACAUUUUUCUAUCUUCAUAUCGCUUUCGUUGGUAUAAUCGUCAUAGAGUUUUGCAUUUUAAAAUUGAAGCUGGAAGAACGCGCUUCAAUUACAAUAUGAAGAUUUAUCUCUUAUUAUUUGCCUUGGUCGCAGUCGUUUGUGUAACAGCGGAAGAUUAUACCACAAAAUAUGACAAUGUAGACGUGGACAGGAUCCUGCAAAAUGGUCGUAUCCUUACCAAUUACAUUAAGUGCAUGCUGGACGAAGGACCAUGUACCAACGAAGGCAGAGAAUUAAAAAAAAUUUUACCCGACGCUUUAUCUACAGGUUGUAGUAAAUGCAAUGAAAAACAGAAACAUACAGCGAACAAAGUAGUAAAUUAUCUGAGAACUAAAAGACCGAAGGAUUGGGAACGACUUUCCGCAAAAUAUGAUUCAAGUGGCGAAUAUAAGAAGCGUUACGAAAAUGUAUUACAACCUACCAAAAACAGUUGAAUUUAUAUCUAUAGAUCUAAACAAUAAAUUUAUGAGGAGAUUUGUACAAUAAAACUAUAAUAACAAAAGUAAUAAAAUAGCUUAAUGUAUACAUA